UUGACAGCUCAAAUCUUGUUUGUUGAUACUUUAUUUGCAUUCUGCGGAUUGUUUAGCUCUACAAUGGAUCUUCAAAGCACCGAUCGAGAGAAAGGUGAAAAGGUGAAGAUAGUGAAUCAGGUAAAGCAUAUACCGAAAGAUGCUCAGGUUGUGAUGUCGAUCCUGAAGGAGCUUGGUGCUACUGACUACGAGCCACGGGUCAUUAACCAGCUGCUGGAAUUUACCUACCGAUACGUAACGUGCAUACUGGACGAUGCCAAAAUAUACGCCAAUCACGCUCGCAAAAAGGUGAUUGAGCUGGAUGAUGUGAAACUGGCCACACAAAUGAUUCUGGAUAAAGCAUUCACAAGACCACCGCCGCGGGACGUACUGCUGGAAAUAGCGCGUGUACGCAACGCUACACCGCUGCCACUGAUUAAGACCCAUUGUGGGUUGCGCCUUCCGCCGGAUCGUUACUGCCUUUCGGCGUGUAACUACAAGCUGCGUGCUGCACAGCAACCAAAGCGCAUGAAUAAAUCCGCUCUCGAAGGCCGAUCAUCGCUCAAGUCCGCUAAGGCGGCGGCCGGUGGUGCAGGUGGCGGUGACGGAGGAGGCGUUAAACGACCAUCUGUUCAGUCAACGCCGAAGACACAGGUGGUUAGCAUACCGAAGCCGGUGUUUAAAUUUAGUACGGCACCGAAAACGACACCGACAACCGCAACGAAAUCAGUCAAAACGACGGUCACAUCGGUUGGGUUGGGUGGAAGCAACGGAUCGGCCGCUGGAGGCACUGGUGUUGGCGGCGGUGUGGAAAUAAAAAUGGAAACGGACGACCAGUUCGGUGAGGCAAACAACGGCAACAAGCGCAAGCGAGAGGAGGAUGACUUUGAAAUAGUGGAAUAGUUUAAUAGACUUUAACAAUAAACAUUCGUGUGUGACUGAAACUAUAAUAACAGAACCAUUCAGUGGGGGAAAUAGCGAAGUGGAGCUUAAUCGACUAUUUUAUUGGCGAACGUUCAUUGGUCCUUGAGGGUUUGAAUUGUGACGCAUCCCAAAUCCAUUAUCUGAAUAUAUUCCGAGCCUCCGCCGUGCAGCCGGAAGCAACAUUCCUACAAUUGUAAAGCAUAGAAUGUAAGAAUCUACUUGCGAAAUAUAGCACACACAUACUUACGCCAA